GCCCGAACAUCCUCCUCGUACUACUUCCACAACUCCCGUAGAUCAACAAUCUUAAUCCUAUGUUUUCUUCUCAUUUUUACUGGCUUUUUUUCUGUGUUUAUUGUAAUUUUGAGGCGGGGUUUAGGAUACAACUGUAAAUAUGCUAAGCCCAGAUCUGUUUCUGUUCUUUGGGAUGGAACUGUGAGUAAAGGAAAUGGGCUUUCUGAUGGAGAAUAUAAGAGGCAAAAAGUUAUGGGCUUUGUUGGUAUUCAGACCGGGUUUGGAUCGGUUGCUCGCCGGCGUUCGUUAAGGCAGACUUGGUUUCCCUCCGAUCAUCAAGGGCUUCAAAAGUUAGAAGAAGCCACUGGCUUGGCUUUUAGAUUUGUUAUUGGUAGAACAAGUGAUAAAUCGAAGAUGUCAGCGCUCAGGAGAGAGGUAGCAGAAUAUGAUGAUUUUAUACUAUUAGAUAUUGAAGAAGAGUACAGUAAGCUCCCAUACAAAACCUUAGCUUUCUUCAAAGCAGCCUAUGCACUUUACGAUUCCGAGUUCUAUGUCAAAGCUGAUGAUGACAUAUAUUUACGGCCAGAUCGGCUUUCACUGCUCUUGGCCAAAGAGCGGUCUCACUCACAGACGUACCUUGGUUGCAUGAAAAAAGGUCCAGUUUUCACUGACCCCAAGCUCAAAUGGUAUGAACCACUUUCAUCUAUUCUGGGGAAGGAGUAUUUUCUGCAUGCUUAUGGUCCUAUUUAUGCUCUCUCUGCUGAUGUUGUUGCAAGUUUGGUUGCCCUGAGGAACAACAGUUUCCGAAUGUUUAGCAAUGAGGACGUUACCAUUGGAGCCUGGAUGCUUGCAAUGAACGUCAAUCAUGAGAAUAAUAAGCAAUUAUGUGAACCAGAGUGUACGCCGUCGUCCAUUGCUGUGUGGGAUAUCCCAAAGUGUUCAGGUCUGUGUAAUCCCGAGAAGAAAAUGUUGGAACUUCAUGCAAACGACAUCUGCUCAAAGAGUCCCACUCUACCAUCAGAUGAUGAGUAGAUCUAUCCUGUUCUCUCGGACUAAUGAGCGUAGUCAAUGUUACUGCUGGAUUUUUGUCUCCACUGAAAGUCACAUAUUCAUUUUGUAAGCUACAUAUGAGGUAGAUAUAAGAAAUAUAUUUUUCCACUGAUGUGCACAAAACUUAAAGGGAGUGUUAUGAACAGUGAUCAAUGAUUCAUAUAGCAUUAUAGCUGACCUCAACUUGCUUGGGAUUGAGGUGUAGUUGUUGUUGUACUUAUGUUGCACAGAGCGAACAGAAUUUUAAUACUAGUAAAGAAGAUUUUCUAUUGCAA